CGAUGGAUACUAAAUUCAAGACUUUAGGCAAGAAAAAAGCUCUAAAUAAUUGGUUAAAAGAUCCAAGGUGGACAGUUAGAGACAAAAUUUUUCAAUAUAAAGGAAUUUUGAGGCUUCAGGGGCGACAGAAAAAAAUAAAAAGCGGGGAAGCUGUAAGAUUACGAAAAAAAAUAUGUAAAGAGUUGAGAACUCUUAAAGCUGAAGUUAAAGAAUUUCGAGAGGUGUUGAAAGAAGUUCAAUGUGGUGAUAAAAGAAGAUUGCAUACAAUUUUGGCAGAUCAUAAGGAUCUUCAGUUGGCUUAUGGGAAUCGAGAUCCAGACGUAGGACUAUGUUACUGUCUAUCGUGCGGUUGUGGAUGAUUGGAUUUUAAACGAAAGCAGUUAAAUGAGUUGUACUACUUGAAGACUUCAAAAAUCAAAGAAUUCUUUGAUCUCAAACUGGAAUGGACGUCUUUAAUGAAUGAAUAUGAAGACCAAAAUACUUUAAAAGAUCCCGACCCUCACAAACGAAAAAUACUUCAUUGUUAUGAUAAAGCUAUUGCGAAUAAACAAGCUGCUGAGUCUUUGCGCUUGACUUAUUUGCUUAUGAUAGAUGGUUUAGAGAAGGAUAGAUAUCAUUUUGAUGCAAUUAUUGAUGCUUUAGGAGAUGAUAGAAAAGAGCAACAUCACCUAGUAAUGAAAGCGAAAAAAGUUGGCCAAUUAGCAGCUCAUGAUUUGAAAGAAACGCGAAAAGUUUAUAAGAAAAUGGUAGUUAAAGUUUGGAAAAAUAUCAGAGAAAGAGAGAGAACUCUAAAAAUUAUUCGAGAACGUGUGGAAAAUUUAUGGUCUGAUGUUCGAUUACUAGUGAGAGUCGAGAGUGAUACAAGAUACAUAGAAAAAUUAAGUGAAAAAUCACCUAGCAUUGACAAAAGCCUUGAAAAUGAUGUCCAGUCAUUAGAGAGAAUGUUUGAACGAGUCAAGAAUACUUUACAAACUCGAUCAUAUGAUGAGUUUCUUACCAGAUUUAAAAACCAGGCGAGGCAGAAGACGCGCCUACUUAAACUAUUGGAAAAGAGCCUUGAAGAGCGUGAUUCAUUAUUGAACAAGAAGAAUAACGCUAUAUUGAUUUUAAACAAUUUAAAAGACUCAAUAUCAACUAAUGGAGACUAUGAUGAGUUUAAAGCAAAUAAAAAAGAAAUGCUCCGUCAACUAGAAAUAGAAGUAAAAAGAGAAGCUGAUUUUACAAAAUUGAGAAAAUCUCGAGGAGCACUGCUGAUAAAUAUUAAAACAGCAUUGCAAAAUAUGCUUGUCAUGAUGGUUUGUAUUAAACCUGGCAUGGGUGGAAAACAAAAGUCACCUAGAGAUAAAAAAUUAAGAGAUAAAAAAGGUAGACGUUCUGAAACCAAAAUUGAUAAGGUUCAGUUAAGGACAAAAUUUCGAUCUCUAUCAACUGAUGAAUGUGAAUUAGAAAAAGUUGAUACCGAUGCUAUUAAUUUACUUAUUCAAGUUACGAAAAAAGCAACAAUUCUAUUUGGAAUGAGUAGUUUCGAUUUGAGUCCUGAGGAAGAAGAGGAAGCUAGAAAUUCAUAUCAGUCGUAUGUAGCAGAAUGCAAAUCAAAAGCAUUGUUUGAAAAACAAGAUUCAGAAUUCAAAGCAUUGACAGUAGAACAUGAGGUUUUGGAUGCAUCAGUUAUAACAAGAGCUGACGUUAAAUAUCGCAGUAGACAUCUAGUUGAAGCUAAUACAAAAACUGAUUAA